GCCUUUAAGAGGCGCGAUGGGCGGGAGGGCGUGUUGCAGGCAUGCCUCCUUCGCUCGCGCUCCCACUCGCCUAGUUAAAGGAGAACCGCGCCGCGUCCAGCUGCCGCCGCCGCCGAGAAGUUAAAGUCAAAGGCAAGCCGGGAAGACUUUGCCAUUGCAACAGGCGGCAGCAGCAGCAGCAAAAACAACAACAACACUUGGGAAGUUUGCGGGGGAACCACCAUCAGCGCAACGUGAGGGAGAAAGGAGAGCGCACAGAGGCAUCUUAUUAUGAUUACGUAUUAUUGCUAUUUAAAAAAACACCUUGCCAUGUAAAGUUGUGUGUGCAGGACACACACUUUUUUAUUUUUUAAAACUAAACUAUUCUAGUUGGGCGCGCGCGUUCGGCAGAUCGGCUCCCCCCUUUCCCUGCCUUGACCCACAUUUCAUUCAUCUGGUGCUGCUUGGAGACGCAGAUGAUGUACACCAUCACUAAGGGACCUAGCAAGUUAGCCACCCAACGGAGGACAGGUCCCACGCAGCAGGUGGAGAGCAAACUGGCCGACCUGAAAUGCCGCCGGCGGCAGCAGCAGCAACAACUGUUCAGCGAGUGGCCUCUGUCAAGCCCAGCUCCAAAGCUCGUGUUCAGCAGGGUAAAUGGCAAGAGACCCCCACUCAUGACCCCCCCUACAUUGGCCACAGAGGAAAACUACACCGUGGCACAUGAAGAAAAUGUUCGGUUCGUGUAUGAAGCCUGGCAACAGGUGCAGCAGCAGCUGGAUAGUGUCCAGCAAGGGGACAGCAGAUCUGGUCCAGUGCAAUACACAGAAAAAACACCUGGCCCUGAACUGAAAGAUUUUGUGCCCAUAGACCUUGAGGACUGGUGGGCCCAACAGUUCCUGGCAAAAAUCGAGAACGGAUCUUAACAAGGGGUUAUGCAGAAAGCUUAAAACAAAAAAAGUUUUAAAUUUACCGUAAGGAAAAUAUGCACCCAUCCAAGCAAAGAGAAAAGAGAGAGAAAAUGGGGAACCCCUUGGCAGUCCCACCCUGGAGCCCACUAUGGGGGCAGGAAGGAGAGUGACCGACAGCGAACUGCUUCCUUAGAAGCUCUGGAUUUUUUUUUCCACCGGAAGAUUCAGACAGACUGAAUGUCUGGAAGUGCCAUGGCAACGUGGGUUUGGGGGGGAGGCUUAGGGGAGGGUCUGGCAACCCUGUCCUACUCCCACUUGGAGCUGGCACCCUCUGGAAAGCCAGCGCUGCCCUGUAAAGCCAAGACUGCAUUCUCAAUAAAAGCACCAAUGUGCCAGUGGAACAAG